AGAGGAACCCUGGCGUCCAAAGGCAAAGUGGCGUCCUGAGAAAUCUGGAUUAACACGUGGAUCAAGGCAGAGGCAGGAUCCGGCGGGCGCUUUAAACACGUCACAGUGUUUUAUUUUUUUUUAUCAUUUCGGAACUUUAUUCAGCAGCUGGUUCCGGAUCCGUGUCACAGCUGACCUACUUUCCCUCCUGCGGAAGUUACCAAAAACAAACAGAAGGAGUUUAAAAGGUGACGCGCUUGAGACUGAGCGCUUUGUGCUGCAACACCUGCACAGGUAAACAGAGUCCCGGCCAUGGCUGCAGCGGCGGGGUCCGGUUCUGUGUCCAGGGGUCUCCGGGCCAUGUUUUUCCUGCUCACUCCAAACGAAUCCUCCUUUGAGAAAGUGGAGGAAGUGCCUCAGUAUGUUCAGCAGGCCACACCGUACUUUGUGGGACUGAUGCUGCUGGAGCUGGUGGUGGGUGCGCUGAUGACAGGAAGCCCUGUAGUUACGCUGAGUGACGGUCUCACCUCCCUUUCUGCUGGGAUGAUCUCCAGACUCCCGCUGCUGGCGAUGAGAGGCUGUGAGCUGUCGGCUUACCUGUAUGUGUGGGAUCACUUCCGCCUGCUGGAGCUGCCCUGGGACUCUGCAUGGACCUGGUGGCUCACCUUCCUCGGAGUGGACUUCUGCUACUACUGGGUCCAUCGCUUCGCUCACGAGGUGGGCAUCCUGUGGGCUGCUCACCAGGUUCACCACAGUUCAGAGUACUACAACCUGACCACGGCGCUCAGACAGUCGCUCACCCAGCAGUUUACAUCUUGGAUCUUCUAUCUUCCUAUGGCUCUCGCUGUUCCUCCCUCCGUCUUUGCUGUUCACAUUCAGUUAAACCUUCUCUACCAGUUCUGGAUCCACACUGAGGUGAUCAGGGACCUUGGACCUCUGGAGUGGAUCUUCAACACGCCCAAACAUCACAGAGUUCAUCAUGGAAGAAACCUUUACUGCAUUGACAAGAACUAUGGAGGAAUUCUCAUCAUCUGGGACAGAUUGUUUGGUACGUUUGCUGCAGAGUCAGAUAAAGUCAUAUACGGCCUGGUGUUUCCCAUCAACACGUUUGAGAUCCUCUACGUUCAGUUGCACUACUAUGUAUAUUUAUGGAAAAGAUCCAGAACUUACAAAACCGUCAGUGACAAGAUGUCAACUUUCAUCAAAGGGCCGAGCUGGAAACCCGGUAAACGUCGUCUCGGUGACCACGUCGACAAUCCCAAGGUAACUGGAAAUGAAAUACCUCAUGGUCCCAGAUGGUCGCUGACAUUUCAAGUCUAUGUGGGCUUACAUUUCCUGCUGGUGCUUUGGACGUACCACGACUUGUUUGAAACCAAAACGGUGCUGUCUCAGUUAACUAUUUUCGGGAUGACCAGCUAUGUUUUGCUUACCCUGACAUCCCUGGGCUUCAUCAUCGAGCAAAGGCCGUCGUCAGCCAUCUUGGAGACGAUCCGCUGCGUUGUCAUGGUCUCGCUGAUGCGGUACGGCUACCUGAGGUCCCCCUUGCCUUUACUCUCUGCCCCCACUGAGGCCUUUGUCUCCCUCUCGCUGCUGUACUGGGCCCUGCAGAGCUUCUCCCAGCUGCUUAGCAUCAAGAAGAAAGACGACUGAGACGUCGACAAGAUCCGGGAAGAACAAAGACAACUGGGUUCAAAAGAUUUCAUCUUAGCAUGUUUUGAUCUAUCAAUAUAUUAAGCUGUAGUUUACUAGAAAAAAAGAAACUGGAUCAGCUUCUGCUUGAUUUUAACCUUUUAAUGCACAGCUGCUUCAAGCUUGUUUAUAACAAAAGCUUAAUUAUGUAAAUGAGCCAUUAACAAAGAGAAAAUAAGCUGAUAAUUGUGCAAAAACAGUAUUAAUUUUUAAGAGGUAUUAUGUUUAAAAUGUCACUGCCAUCAUAGGUGCUGCAGUCCAUAGUGAAGGACCAAUCCAGAUGAGCCACAAGACAACCUGAGUGCUGCUCAUUUCAAAACUAAAACAGAACUGAUGCUCAACAAUGUACAGUCCGUUUUCCAUUUCUCAUUGAAAUCAAAGUACUUACAUUCUUUGUGUCUUUUCUUAAUCCCUUAAAUCACAUGAAAGGAAAAUUAUGCAGAGCCUUAAGAAACACUCGAUUUUUAAUUAUAUAUUUUCUUUCAUGCCUGUAGCUCGUCAGCUUUGAUUAGAUUCAUCUACACGGCAGAUGAAUUCAUCCUCAGUCUCCAGAUCUUGUGUGGGAGUAACAAAUGGUCCACAGCAGAUGGUGCUGUUAUCACCCAUCAUUAGUCUCUUUUUCAUCCAGCAUCCUGUCUUUAAAACCCCUCACAUUUUAUUCAAAAGCAGAAUAGUUUGGUUUUGUUCAGACGUUUAAAAAGAAAGUCGGUAUUGUGAGGAAGUUGAAGCAGUUUGACGUUCGUAUUUACAGUUUUGAGAAACAAAUUUCUGUUGAAACGCAUAAAAAUUGGCUCGUACUUUUAUUUUCUAGGUUUCAUUUUAUAUUGUAAUCGUAUGAUUACAAAUCAACUGAUUCAAAACUCUGCCAACACGAGAAUGAAACCCAAACAUCUCUUCGACCGCUGCGUUACUGUAAAUGGUGUUAUUGAUCUGCUAACACAUCAGCUGCUUGUCAUGAACCAGAACCUUUAGGGCUUUUUUCCUCCGGUUAUAUAAUGUGAGAUGGCACCUCGCUACUUGCGAAGGUUCUGGUGUUUUAAGGGCUUUUGUUGGGGUUCGGGUUGAGGCCGCAGUCAGACACACGGCGGUUAAGGUCCAGGUCGAGACCCUCAGGUUUAUUCACCGCACCUGAUAUUUAGAGGAGCUGUCAGUUCAGCACAUGCGACAAGAUAAAAAUGUAAAAAUGUGCGACAAGAUAUGACAAAAGUAAGUAAAUAAAUUGUUUUCAACGAUAACUAGAUGGAUGUACAUGCAUUGUCAUGGUUUCAAAAUAUGGCGUUCAUUAACGACCAGAGUCCAAGGCACAAAUACAACAUCUUGGUGGCUUCUGCUGACAUUUUAAAGCCAAUUUUAUUUCAAUUUUAUGUAAACCUUGUUAGGAUUAUUUGCAUGUAAUGUGUUGCUUUUAGCUCUUGAUCUGCUGUUUCCAUUAACCAUAAAAUUGUAAUCAGGAAUAGAGACACGACAAUUAAGUUUUUUGUAUGAAUGGAAAACUGCGUCACACGUUAUGUGACCAACAACCGGACAUUGUGAGAGGAGGAUAAUGGCAGCAUGCUUUUUUUCCCCCCUAUUUUCUUUUAUUUUUUUAAAUUGAAUUCAAUUGCGUUUCACUGCAAUUGCAAAAUUGUUUCUAACGGAGCAAUUUUAUUUUUAAUGGAAAUGCAGCUGCAGGAACACUUAAAUGAAAAACCACAUCAUCGGUAAAUAUAAUCUAAAAUGAUUCCAAGUAGCACAGAAUUGCAAAGAAAUGUUCUGGAUUUGCACUUCAAGGCAAUUAAAUAAAAUCAACACAAAUUAUGAUUAAAAAUGUGAUAAUUUUUGUGUCAAUAAAGGUGUUUUUUUUCUCCAUUUUUGCAUGGCAAGGUAAUGAAGGGGAGUUUACCUUCUAUGUUUUUACCAAGAAAGCAGCACUAAAAUGAAUAAAUCAAUACAUUUCUCUUUGAAGUGAAAUGAAGGAGUUUUGUAUUUUCUUGUUUUAGUGUUGCAUAUGUGUUUAGAAACCUGCUUGCUGUUGCCUGGUGAUGACUGAAGAUCACAUUCAGCUUGUUUUUCACAUUUAGGAUCCUAAAAAUCGAUGCUGACGUAGUUUUCUGCUUGCUGCUUUUUUCCCUCUGCAGUGUAAAGUGAUUGCAGAUAUUUUAUGGCUUCAUGGAUAUUAUUUCAGUAAGUUUAAUAAUACAUUUCUCAUUGAAGUGAAAAUAAAUGUGUCCUCUUCAGACUGCAUGAGAAGGAGAAAUACCCGAUUAUCUAGAAAUUUUAUUGAUGUACUUUAUCCUCAUCCUGAUCUCUACAUGACUACUGAAAAACCAAUAAAUUUACAUUUAAACAGUU